AUGGGUGCUUUUGGUGCGGGAGUAGAAAAGGUUGCUUUUGAUGCCGAAGCAGAUGAGGUCAUUUUUCGUGUCGGAGCAGAUGAGGCUGCUUUUAAAGCUGGGACAGACGAGAUCGCACGUAGUCCAGGGGCAGCUGCAGGUGCUACAGGCGCUGGAGCAGAUGAGAUUGGCUUUUGCAUUGAAAUAGACGAGGUAACAACUGCUGCCGGAACAGAUGAGGUUGCUCUUCGUACUGGAAGAGAUGGCGUCGAGGCGCCGCUAGAAGCACCAGUUUUCACAGGUCCUUCGAGCACCUGA